AUGGCUAACCCUCUUCCCCCAACUGACAACGGUCUUUUCGAUAAGUCGUGUAAUUUGGGAUGUAAAAGCACUAUUCAGGUAAUCCAGGUGGUGGCUUUCCGCGUACAAGCGCUCUUUUCAAAGUUGAUGGAAAGUAUGAAAUCUGAUAUUCGUGUAACUGUUGUGGGAGAUGGAAAAGUCGGGAAAACUUCUAUAAUUAUGUCUCUAGUUAGUGAUGGUUUUCAUCAAAAAGUUCCUCACGUCAUCUCCGAAAUUGUAGUUUCGCCUGAAAUAACAGGCGAGCCUGUUACUACCAGGAUUAUCGAUACCUCUCCAAAUGAAAUAGAAGUUUUAAAUAAGGAACUUAAAAAGGCGGACGCCGUAAUUCUAGUGUAUUCCUUCGAUAAUAUAAAAACUUUGGAACGUUUAGAAACUUUUUGGCUCCCUUUUAUACGGGAAGCUCAAGGAAAUGAGAACGGAAAAUCAGUAAAUAUAGUGCGGCCUAUUAUUAUUGCAGGAAAUAAAUUUGAUUUGGGAAUUAAAACAAACGAUUUUGAGGAACAGAUUUACUUCAUAAAACAGAAAUUUACUGGAAUCGAGCACUGUUUUGAAACUUCGGCUAAAAACUUUUAUAAUAUCGCUGAGCUCUUUUCUUGUACUCAACAAGCCAUAAUUCAUCCAAUAGCAGUCCUUUACAAUUCUGCGCAGAAAAACUUGACAGAAAAAUGCGCUGGAGCGUUUUCUCGCAUAUUCAAACUUGCUGACAAAGAUCGGGAUGGCGUCCUCAACGAUCACGAAUUGAUAGCAAUGCAGCGCUUUUGCUUCGAUAAGCCGCUUCAGUAUCAGGAGUGCGAGCGCGUGAAAAAGGUACUUCAAAGUAAAUACGAAGAUGGGCUAACGAAUGGUUGCAUAAACGAGAAAGGGUUUCUGGGGUUGCAAGUCGCUUAUAUUGAAAAUGGGCGCGCCUCCACCAGUUGGACAAUCUUGCGUGCGUUUGGCUACGAUGAUCAUCUUGAUCUUCGCGCUGAUUUGCUGAAUCCACCACUAUUUGUUGAUAGCGAUCAGAUUGUUGAGUUGAGCUCGGCAGGAUUCCAAUUUCUAGCCGAAUUGUUUCUUUCCUGCGAUCUCGAUAACGAUGGUGCACUUUCAAAAAGCGAAUUGGAGCUUUGCUUUUCGAUAGUUCCAAAAAAUAUAUGGAAGGAAGACUUUGGGCCCAAUGAAAAUGAAAAUAUUUUUUUACAAGAAUUUUUGUGCAAGUGGGUUUUGUUAACUCUUUUAUAUCCACGUAAAACUUUGGUAUUAUUGGCUUUUCUCGGCUAUCCUUCCGAUAUUUUGGGUGCAAUAAAAAUUAGUGAACACAAACGUACUGGUUUCACAGGAAAAUCUCAAAGGAAAGUGUUUCGCUGUGGUUUGUUGGGUCCUCCCGGUUGUGGAAAAACUUCGAUGAUUCGAGCGCUGAGUGGUUCUCCUCCCUCAAUCAGGCUCGCUUCGCCUCAAAUUGAGGGAAACGAGCGCUCUGUGGUUGAACUGGACGAAGAAACAAUGAAAGAAGAAACCAAUGAACAUCGCAAGAAUUAUUAUGAAAGCGUGGGGAUUCACAGUUUUAGUGUGGAGGGCGUGGAAAAGUAUUUGGUACUGUUUGAAGUCCAUUCUGGCUCGGAUUGUACCUUAUCCGCAACUUUAAAUAAAAAGUUUGACGUGGCAGCAUUUCUCUACGAUUCGACCGAUCCCGGCUCGUUUGAAUACAGUGCAAAGCUCCAAUCAAAACUUGUAGAUCCGUAUAUUCCGUGCAUUUUUAUUGAAACUAAAGUCGAUAGGCCACGUGUCCCUCAAUUCUGUAAUUUACAACCACUCGAAUAUUGCAAAUUGCUGCGUCUUCCUUCACCUCGCUUUUUUUCUGUGCACGCUGAAAAUAUAGACCUCUUUACUGAUAUCGUGAAAAUAGCUAUGAACCCAUAUGUGUAUCUUCCAGAAGUUGAGGGGAAAAAGUUGGCAUUGUUAUUAAAAUUAACUGCUGUGGUUGCGGUGGUGGCAGUGACGGGGUUUGUUAUUAUUAAAACUAUUAGAUCAUUAAAAUAA